AGCAAGGGCGCCAUCAAAGAAACAGCAUGCAUCUUUAUGCCCUCACUCUCCAGAAGCCAUCAUGCAUUACAGCGGCCGUUCACGGGAACUUUAGUGGUAGGAAGGCACAAGAGGUUGUAGUGGCUCGAGGGAAGGUGCUGGAGCUGCUCAGACCGGACCCAAACACAGGAAAGGUAGUCGAGUUGGUAUCAACAGAAGUAUUUGGUUUAAUACGUUCCUUAAUUACCUUUAGAUUGACUGGGAGCACUAAAGAUUACAUUGUCCUGGGCAGCGACUCUGGCAGGAUUGUUAUAUUAGAAUAUGAUCCUGUGAAGAAUGUCUUUGAGAAAGUCCACCAGGAAACAUACGGUAAAAGUGGUUGCCGUAGGAUAGUACCAGGACAGUACCUUGCCGUUGACCCUAAAGGACGUGCUUUAAUGAUAGGUGCAGUAGAGAAGCAGAAGUUGGUGUACAUAUUGAAUCGUGAUUCUGCUGCUCGUCUGACCAUAUCCUCUCCACUGGAGGCACACAAGAGCCAUACUUUAGUCUAUCAUGUGGUUGGGGUCGAUGUCGGGUUUGAGAAUCCUUUGUUUGCUUGUCUUGAAUUGGAUUAUGAAGAGUCAGACAAUGAUCACACUGGAGAGGCAGCACAAGUUGCACAACAGAAUUUGACUUACUAUGAGCUGGAUUUGGGUCUCAAUCAUGUUGUAAGGAAAUACAGUGAGCCACUCGAUGACAUGGCCAACAUGCUCAUAACCGUACCUGGUGGUACCGAUGGCCCCAGUGGUGUGCUGGUCUGCUGUGAGAACUAUAUCAUUUAUAAGAACUUUGGUGACCAGCCUGACAUACGUUGCCCUAUACCUCGCAGGCAGAAUGAUCUUGAUGAUGCCGACAGGAGCAUGCUCAUUAUAACAAGUGCCAUGCAUAAGACAAAGCAUUUGUUCUUCUUUCUUUUACAAUCAGAGCAAGGCGACAUAUUUAAGGUGAUGCUUGAUGUGGAAGACGACAUAGUUGUUAGGAUAAAGAUUAAGUAUUUUGAUACUGUUCCUGUCUGCAGCUCACUCUGUGUCCUCAAGAGUGGAUUAUUAUUUUGCUCGUCUGAAUUUGGAAAUCACUACUUGUAUCAAAUAGCUCAUUUAGGCGACGACUCGGAGAGAGAGUUCCACUCUGAUUAUCCACUGGAAGAAGGAGAGACCUUCUUCUUUGGUCCAAGGCCCUUGAAGAACCUCAUACUCGUCGAUGAGAUGGAGAGUCUCUCACCAAUAAUGUCAUGCCAGAUUGCUGAUCUUGCUAAUGAAGACACACCCCAAUUAUACGCUGCUUGUGGGCGUGGUCCUCGCUCAUCUCUCCGUGUAUUGCGUCAUGGUCUUGAGGUCACUGAAAUGGCCGUCUCUGAGUUGCCAGGCAACCCUCACGCCGUAUGGACUGUGAAGAAAGACUCUAAAGAGGAUUUUGAUUCAUAUAUUGUUGUCUCCUUCAUGAAUGCCACUCUCAUUCUUUCCAUUGGGGAGACUGUCGAGGAAGUGACUGAUUCCGGGUUCCUGGGGACCACGCCCACUCUGGCCUGCUCUCAACUGGGAGAUGAUGCACUCAUUCAGAUAUACCCUGAGGGCAUUAGACACAUCAGGUCAGACAAGCGUGUCAAUGAAUGGCGUAGUCCUGGUAAGAGGUUGAUCAGACAGUGUGCUGUCAACGAGCAUCAGGUGGUCAUUGCUCUCUCCGGAGGAGAAAUCGUUUAUUUUGAAAUGGAUCAGUCUGGUCAGUUGAAUGAAUAUACAGAGAGGAAGGAGAUGACUGCUGAGGUGAUAUGUAUCAGUUUGGGCUCAGUCCCUCCAGGCCAGCAGAGGUGCAGGUUCUUAGCUGUGGGUCUUUCAGAUCAGACAGUUCGUAUCAUCUCACUCGAUCCUCACGACACGUUGCAGCCAUUGAGCAUGCAGGCAUUACCAGCACUACCGGAGUCAUUGUGCAUAGUGAACAUGAGUGGGAAUGUCAGUGAUGAUACCACAGUAUCCACUGGUGGCCUGUUUCUUAAUAUCGGACUACAAAAUGGAGUCUUGCUAAGAACAGCUCUUGAUAAUGUCACCGGGGACCUCUCUGAUACUAGAACAAGGUAUCUCGGUACACGUCCUGUGAAAUUAUUUCGCGUUCGUAUUCAAGGUACGGAGGGUGUGAUAGCAGUCUCCAGUCGUACGUGGUUGAACUACACGUAUCAGUCUCGGUUCCAUUUGACUCCUCUCUCUUACGACCUCUUGGAGUAUGCAUCAUCAUUUACCUCAGAGCAGUGCCCUGAAGGAAUGGUAGCAAUAUCAUCAAACACUCUUAGGAUUUUAGCUCUUGAGAAACUGGGUGUGGUCUUCAAUCAAGUGUCCACGCCCCUCCAGUACACUCCUAGGAAACUCCUCAUUCACCCGCCCAUGUCUAAUCUAGUGCUGAUUGAAACCGAUCACAAUGCUUUUACCGAAGCCACCAAACUCCACCGCAAGAAGCAGAUGGCGGAGGAGAUGGUCUCGAGUGCUGCUGAUGAUGAAAAGGCUGAAGCUGCUAAGGCGGCAGAGGCUUUUCUUGCUGAGGAUCUUCCUGAGCAUAUGUUUGGUUCUCCUAAGGCUGGCCGAGGGAUGUGGGCCUCUUGCCUGAGGGUGAUGCACCCAAACCAAGGAAAGACUCUGGAUAUUGUACAGUUUGAACAGAACGAGGCUGCCUUUAGUCUUGCCGUCUGUCAGUUUGUUUCCAAAGGUGAUCUUGAGUGGUUUGUGGUCGUGGGUACUGCUAAAGAUAUGAUCAUAACUCCUCGUGCCAUAUCCAGUGGGUCUCUCAUUGUCUUCCGACUAUCACCCGACGGCAGCAAACUAGAGCAUGUCCACACUACUCAGUUGGAUGAUGUACCUAUUGCGAUGGCUCCAUUCCAAGGUCGCUUGUUGGUAGGUGUUGGUAAAUUACUUCGUAUUUAUGAUAUCGGGAAAAAGAAAAUGCUCAGGAAAUGCGAAAACAAGCAUCUUCCAUAUUUGGUGGUUGAUAUUAAAGUCAUGGGUAGGCGUGUCUAUGUUGGUGAUGUUCAAGAAGCAGUUCAUUUCCUAUACUACAGGCCACAUGAGAACCAGCUGGUGAUAUUUGCUGAUGAGGUAGUCCCUAGAUUCUGCACCACUUCCUGUAUUCUUGAUUACAAUACUGUUGCCAGUGCCGAUAAAUUUGGAAACAUUACUAUCUUACGUCUUCCGAGUGACGUUACGGAUCAGGUUGAUGAGGAUCCUUCAGGGAGUCGCUCACUGUGGGACAGAGGGUUCCUUAAUGGCGCUACCCAAAAGGCUAAUGUUAUGACGUCCUAUCACGUUGGGGAGGGUAUCAACACCUUGCACAAGGUCUCACUAAUUCCGGGUGGCUCCGAAGUACUAGUCUACACAACUUUAAGUGGUAGCAUAGGUAUAUUGGUUCCAUUCUCUUCAAAAGAAGAUUCUGAUUUCUUUCAACAUCUUGAGAUGCACAUGAGAUCAGAGUGGUCUAACCUUGUUGGUAGGGAUCAUCUCUCUUUUCGUUCUUAUUAUGUUCCUGUUAAAUCUGUCAUUGAUGGAGAUUUGUGUGAGGUCUAUAAUUCCCUUGAUCCUUCUAAAAGACGAGAGAUAGCUCUUGAUCUUGAUCGCUCUCCCAGUGAAGUUGCAAAGAAACUUGAAGACUUGCGAACAAGAUACGCCUUUUGAAGCAGACUUAAUGACCGAAUGGAAUCCAGCUAAACACGAUAACACGCAUUCUUUCAUGUUACCAUACUAAUUCUUUUGUAACAAAUAAUAGCACGUCUGUUGAAUAAUCCUAUAAUAAUUGUCAUGUAGCCUAUGUCUGGUUACGUUAACUACCUCUCAUGUAUUUUGGUGAAUGUGUUGCUGUGUAUGUUUUUAAUGAAGUUUUAAGGCAGCCAUACUG